CGAUUGCCUCCGUCCACUCCCUCCAUCCCAUCCGUCUCUCUGUCUCAUUCUUUCAACCCUGUCUUUCACUGUCUUCGUUUGAUCUGCAUAUCUGCAAAGCUUGAUACCUUCUUGUUGUGUGUUUUUACUUUCUAUCCACCUCAUGAGCAUGGCGUCCCAGUCCGACUUCUUCUCGGCUAUGACCAACCGGUCGCUCCGCAACGUCCGAUCGGAACUUGAGUUUCUCGCAGAUGCAUCAGUCAUUACUCCGCAACAGCUCUCAUCCAUUCUAUCGCAACUACCGAGGGACGAUGAACGCAGCAGAGCCCCCGUGCCUCGGCAGCAGCCACCAGUGCAACAACCACCUGUCGUCGCCCAGCAGCCCCCUACCCCGUACUCUCCUCCUACGAACCAGUUUGCAAACACUACCUUGAACGAGAAGGCCACUUAUCAGCAGCCUCCUCCGCAACAGUACUCAACCCCGCCUGUUCCGCCACCUGCUUAUCCCCAAGCUCCACCGGUACUGUCUAUCGCUUCGGCGCUCUAUGCCUACACUCCGACGGAUCCCGGAGACUUGGCUCUCCAGCCAAACGAUCGUAUUCAAGUCUUGGAACACAUGAAUGCCGACUGGUGGCGUGGUCGUAAUGAGCGCACCAACCUUGAGGGUAUCUUCCCUCGGAGCUACGUGAACGUGCUGAAUGACAAGGCCGUCUCGUCUCCUCCCCCGACCAACUAUGGAAACAUGCCGCUGGAAGUCAGCCAGAGUGGCUCGGCGCCCCCGGGUGAGGAGGGCAAGAAGUCCAAGUUUGAGGAGCAGGGCAAGAAGUUUGGCAAGAAGAUGGGCAAUGCCGCUAUUUUCGGUGCCGGUGCUACCGUCGGUUCGAACAUUGUCAACAGCAUCUUUUAGAUGUGUGGCCAGUCGAAAUCCUAUUCGUUUUUUAUAUUUCUUAUUCAAGUGCAGGCCGGAGAGGCGUCAUUUGAUUUUCUUUCUCUCACCCUCAUUUGCUCAUGGGAAAGGCGUUGGUGGUUGAUUACAUUAUUAUUCGGCAAAACCGUUGAGUUCGGGUCAGUUGGGAUAGCGCGUCGCAGACUACUUGGGUUAAUGGUGAAAUUAUUCUAGUCAUAGAAGUAACUGGGAUGUGUCUUGCCAACUACGGACAGAGGUUGCUCGUUACGUAUCUGUCCUUGAUCGCGGGUUUACCGCUCCUGUAGUCUUUGCCGUGAAAGAUUUCACUCUAGACCUCGACUUAUUCCUGCUUUAAGUACGAUCAUUGUUACGAUCUUCUAAUUGUCGGCGCUUAAGUUUCGCUCACUUUUACUGUGUCUUACACGGCUAAGCCUCUAAAGGCGAGUCAAUCUCCCCUCGCCCCGGCAUGAGAAACGACGAUCGACUCUUG